AUGUUUCUUUAGCGUGAAUGUAUCUCAAUCCACGUUGGACAAGCUGGAGUACAGAUUGGUAAUGCUUGCUGGGAGCUGUAUUGCUUGGAACAUGGCAUUCAGCCCGAUGGUCAAAUGCCUUCCGAUAAGACUAUCGGAGGUGGCGAUGACAGCUUUAAUACUUUCUUCAGCGAAACUGGUGCAGGCAAACAUGUACCACGAGCAGUUUUCAUUGAUUUGGAACCUACUGUUGUUGAUGAAGUCCGCACAGGCACAUACCGUCAGCUAUUUCAUCCAGAACAAUUGAUCACGGGCAAGGAGGAUGCUGCUAAUAAUUAUGCUCGGGGUCACUACACAAUUGGCAAGGAAAUCGUUGACCUCGUCCUAGACCGUAUCCGAAAACUGGCAGAUCAAUGUACUGGAUUACAAGGUUUCCUCAUCUUCCAUUCCUUUGGAGGUGGCACCGGCUCAGGAUUCACAUCUCUCUUGAUGGAAAGAUUAUCAGUCGAUUAUGGAAAGAAGUCUAAAUUAGAAUUCGCUAUUUAUCCUGCUCCUCAAGUCUCUACCGCCGUGGUUGAACCAUACAACUCCAUCUUAACUACGCAUACCACGCUCGAACAUUCCGAUUGUGCAUUUAUGGUUGAUAACGAGGCUAUUUAUGAUAUCUGUCGUCGUAACCUGGACAUCGAGAGACCUACAUAUACCAACUUGAAUCGCUUGAUCGGUCAAAUUGUUUCUUCGAUCACUGCCUCCUUACGAUUCGAUGGUGCGCUCAACGUCGAUCUAACUGAAUUCCAAACCAAUUUAGUACCCUAUCCAAGAAUUCAUUUCCCGCUGGUAACAUACGCACCGGUUAUUUCUGCGGAAAAGGCGUAUCACGAACAACUCAGCGUCGCAGAAAUUACAAACGCUUGCUUCGAGCCAGCCAAUCAGAUGGUAAAAUGCGAUCCACGACAUGGAAAAUACAUGGCUUGCUGUAUGUUAUACAGAGGUGAUGUUGUACCUAAGGAUGUAAAUGCCGCUAUUGCCACUAUCAAAACCAAACGUACGAUUCAAUUUGUUGAUUGGUGUCCAACUGGAUUCAAGGUUGGAAUAAAUUAUCAGCCACCAACUGUCGUACCCGGUGGAGAUUUGGCCAAGGUACAACGUGCGGUCUGUAUGUUGUCCAACACGACGGCCAUUGCCGAGGCAUGGGCACGUCUCGAUCAUAAAUUCGAUCUUAUGUAUGCCAAGAGAGCAUUCGUUCACUGGUACGUUGGUGAAGGUAUGGAAGAAGGUGAAUUCUCCGAAGCACGUGAGGAUCUUGCAGCUCUCGAGAAGGAUUACGAGGAAGUUGGUAUGGAUUCUGCGGAAGGUGAAGGAGAAGGUGCUGAAGAAUAUUAAAUUCGUAUCUAAAAGAAAAAUUUUCGUUUGCUUAUAGAGCGUACAGGUUUUUCCUUAUGCAUGUUCAAUCCCACAGCAUUUGAUCGAAAGAUACAAAAAUAAAAGCAAUUUAAAAAACAAUGAA